UUACCCGGAAGUGAAGCAACUUAAAUAUGUGAUAUAUAAAGUUAAAUCUAAAUACAUUUUAAAAUCAAAACACUCAAAAAGUAAAUGGAUAUUUUUAAAAACAGCAUUUCAUUUCCAACCCUAUCUGUUCAUUGCAGGGUCGUUUUUCAAUGUAUAUGCAUUUGUAUUCAUAGACGUUUUUAUGUAGAAUAGAAAUAAAAUUACUAAAUAAUAUCGUGGGCAGAAAAAGCGGAUAAAAAGUCCUGCGAUGAAGUGUCAAGAAUCGGCUAUACAAUGGAGUGUUUAAGCAGUAUAUAAAGUGUUAGCAGAAGUCACUACAGUGUCAAUAUACAGUGACGACACGUGACAAUAAACUGUAUUCAUUAAAAAGCAAACAAAAACAUGAAUGAAUAAACAAAUAAAUAACUUCAGUUGAUUUACACAAAUAUAAUAUUGUGAAGAAAGAGAUGAAACUCUUACGCAUCUGGGUAAAACUUCUAUUCAGCAUGAAAUAUUUCAUCACCAAAGCAAAGAAGACCAAAUUUUGGUUAUUUAUUUAUUUAUUUAACUUGCACACUUGUUUUGGUCAAUGGUGGUUGUAUUCCCGCGUAAUUGCAGAAACAAAGAAACUGAAUAAACAAGACCAGUCAAUGUGCUACCAUUUUAAUUUGAAUGACGGCCAGUUAAAAGCAUGCUUAGUUGAUCCAAAUGUUUUGCUUCUCGUUGGCAAGGGAACAACUGAUGGUCUGGCACAUUGUGAAAGACAAUUCGUGAAUGAACGAUGGAAUUGCUCAAAUAAUAACUUCAGUAACAAGUUAUUUAAAAGAAGGACACCGGAAACCGCGUACGUAAAUGCUAUCUCCUCCGCAGGUGUUAUAAAUAAACUCUCAAUAGAAUGCGAUCGAGGCGUGUUAAACAGUUGUGGAUGUCGCACGGCGACACCUCAUCGUCGCAUGUGGAGUAAAAAUGACGAAGAAGAACCUGUUUAUUGGAGUUACUGCAAAGAUCAUUUAAAAUAUGCGAUACGUACAACUCGAAUAUUUCUCGAUCCGAGUCGCGAAGAGACAUAUAUCGAUGGGAAGAAGCGAAGCUUGAAGAAGCUUGUCUUGAUACAAAACAAUAAAGCUUCAAGAAAGAUAGCACACGAACUAUCAAAAAAACACAGAAAAUGUUCUUGUUAUGGAACGACAGGAAAUUGUAUUGCAAAAACAUGUUACCGUUGGUUACCAAAACUAAAAGUCAUAGGUCAAAAGCUCUAUGAUAAAUAUAAAAAUGCUGUCAAAGUAAAAAUAAAAAAUAUGAAAAAAUUGGUAUCCGCUGAACCGAGGAGGGUUUUAAAAAAAACUGAUUUAGUCUACACUGAAAGAAUAAACUAUUGUGACGUCAUACAGUCGCUGGGUAUUGCUGGUACCCAGGGUCGAGUAUGUUUAAAUACAAAACCAAAAUCGGGCGAUGAUAUGACGUCAUGUAAAAUACUUUGUUGCGGACGUGGUUAUAAUCCGGUACGAAGAAAAGCAAAGGUGAGAUGUCGCUGCACAUUCAAAUGGUGUUGUGACGUCAAAUGUCAUUGGUGUGAAAAAGAAGUGACUGAAUAUAGGUGCAAAUGACACAUUUUUUCCCAGGACUCUUUGUCUUUCUGACAUUAAAAUGACCCUAAACGAGAGACCCUGGUAACAAAGUUGAUUUUUACUACACUUUCCCGCGCUUUUGCUUGGGAAGGAAUUACAAGAUUAUAGCUACGAAUAUAUUUAUUGUUGUAAAUAGUUUUGAUGAGUUUAUUGGUUCUUUUUACUAGAAAUUUUGGUUA